AAAUUUUCAAAACAAAAAAAAAGAAAAACAUUUUGGCCAGGAACAAAAACAAGGCCCCAGCUAGCCCUUCUUCUCCGGCUCCGGUACAUUCCCUUGCCUGUGCCUGCCCUGACCAUGGACGCAGCAGUGGCAGCCACCUGCUCCCUGCUACUGGUCUCCGGCCCCCGGAGUCGAUCAUCGCCGACAACCUUGCCUUCCCCCUCGUUGCUUCGGCCUCCCUGCAAGAAUAUUUGCUGCUCCAUCACAACCUCCACUACUGCAAGGCGGCAGCAGCAGCAUCUCGUUGCGCCGAGGCUAGGCAGCAAGGGGAGUAGCAGGAGCAUUAGCUGGAGGUGCUUUUCAAGUGCCACUGGCGGCUCAUCAACCGCUGUCACGACAGAAAAAUGGAUUCUUGACCCUGCAGGUGACGGUGAUUGGCGUCACAUUGGCUACAAAGUUGCACGGCCUGGCGCGAUCGAGAUAAUCUCAGAUGAUGCGGUAACCGUUGGCCGAGUUGCUGACAAGGCCGACAUCGUCCUCCCCAUUGCCACAGUUUCAGGCACGCAUGCUCGGCUGGAGAAGAAGGGUGGCAGCCUGCUGGUAACGGACCUGGACAGCACCAACGGCACCUACAUCAACGAGCGCCGGCUCAACCCUGGCUUCCCCAUCGCCAUCGACCCCGGCAGCUUUCUCAUCUUCGGUGACAUCCACUUGGCGAUGUUCCGUGUAAGGAAGAUGAGAGUUGAGGUGGCCAGUACUGAGGACGAGGGAGCUCAACAAGAGACCAAGACAGAGGUAGCUGCAGCAGCAGUUGAAGAUACAGCAAGCUAGGAAGCUCGCUCUUUCUAUCUCAAAACUUCUCAAGGGUUUCUUCCGAGCAUGGUGUUCCCUGGAUAGAGAUGAAAAUGGAUCGGAUCGGAGUCGAAUGGAUAAUGCCUCUCUCUUAUUCUAAUCUGUUUUUCCGUCGGAUUCGGAUUGGAGUGGAAAAUAUUCGAAUGCAGAUGCAGGUUUUAUGGGUGUCGAAACUGUGGUACGGAUAUGGAGCGAAAUUGGGUCGAGUACGGAUUUAAAUAGUUUCGAGUAAUAUAUGCUUGCUGAGAGAAUUGUAUGUUUGUUAUGAACUAAUUUUUGUAAAGAGCUACUAACAUGUAGUAGAUAAUAGUCUUGCAUUGCAUUCCAA